AUAGAUCGGUUAAUGAUAACAAAGGUGGAAACAACGUCCUCAUCCUCCUCGCUUAUGCUCCAGUCGGCUAUACCCUAUAGCGCCUGUCGAGAAAGAACACCUCCUUCGCUUUAUGUACCUGCGCGAAGCAGUCUCCAUUGCUAAUCGCUAUCUGAGACCAAUCUCACACUCUUCACCCGCACCAUGACUAACGGCAGUGAACAAACCCAGCCCACUCGUGACUCGAUGGGUGACAUUCUCUCCUCCCCCCGGGCUCCCCGCGGUCCUCCAUCGGACCCAUACCUGGUCAUGGAGCCCAGGCCGUCCAAGGAGCCGUACUAUCUAAUCGGACCCAACGGACCCUACUCUCCUUACGAGGGGCUGGAGCCCGAACCUCAGCUCCCGGGGGGGAUGAUCCCGAUCACGCCAGCUCCACCCCUGCGACCCAGAAAGUUACAGAAGACCAGGCCUACUGACAUCACGCGCAGCCGCGGGGCACCUACUUCAAGCACCGAUAGCACUCCUGCACGGGUGCGCCGAAUCGACCCCCCGCCGACCCUCGGACGAUAUGUUUCGGCAUUCCCUCCGGUCAAUCUGACCGAUGACGAGAUCAUCGCCGCUGGUGGCUCUCCUAGCCCAAUUACUGGCUCCCCAGGCCCUCGUGGCAGUUUCAUCGGCCCAAUUGGUAGCUGCCCCGCCGCGAUGGCUAGCACUCUAGUCCUUCAUGCGGGUUCCUCCACCCCGGUUGCUCGAUCUCCCGCCCUUUUUCCUAGCACCCUCGGCCCAAUUAGCGAUCCCCCCGGCCCGACUGGCGGCAUCAUCGACCCUGGUGUUAGCACCCUUGGCCCGAUUGGUAGCCCCGCCGACCCGGUUGGGGCCACCAUCCACCCCGUGGCUAGUUUUCCCGGCCCUGUCAGUGGUUUCCCCGCCCCGAUUGCUGGCUCCCCCGGCGCGCUCAAUGGCACUCCCCGCCCUCUCAGCGGCCCCACUCUCCCAAUCAGUAGCAGCCCCCGCCCCCUCGGCGGCGGCGAAUCCCGAAAUAUCCGAGCGAUGAUGGAAACUGCAUCUUGGGCCGACGAAACCAUUGAGGCGCUGAACGGCGUGCUGCCGCCCGACACCACUGAUGAAGGUGCCACAAGCGAGACCGCUGUUGCAGGGGCUGAGGAGGAGCAGGUGAGACUCAAGGUGAGGAAGUUCCUCGGUAUGAAGAUCAGGUGCGGAUUGUGGUCGAAGAUCAAGCGCGCUUUUCGCCGUAAGCAGAAGAAAGGAGGAGUGAAGGAGGGCUCUGAUUCGAAGGAGAGCUCUGAUCCUAAGGAGGGCGCUGACCUGAAAGACGACACUGCUCCGAAAGAGGACACUACGAAGGAGGUCACUGCAGAGGUCACUGCGAAGGAGGUCACUGCGGAGGAGGUCACUGUGGAGGAGGUCACUGCGGAGGAGGUCACUACGAAGGAGGUCACUGCGAAGGUGGUCACUGCGAAGGAGGUCACUGCGAAGGUGGUCACUGCGAAGGAGGUCACUGCGAAGGAGGUCACUGCGAAGGAGGUCACUGCGAAGGAGGUCACUGCGAAGGAGGUCACUGCGAACCAGCAGUGCACCAAAAUAUCACCGCGAUCCACAGCACUAAAAACGAGGGACGAGGGACGAGACACGAUGAAUGAGCAACGAGCAUGAAUUAUUAAGUAUGAGUAUUGGACCAAGCAGGGUUGGAUACUCGAGAACUAGGGGAUAUACAUAAUUGCGAUGGAUUCUGCCGCCACUAGCAGAACUGAAUCUCGUCGAGCUUCCUAAGCUCGCUCAUGAAUGCGCGGUCUAUAGCGUUAUAUUAAUGGGUAUUAGAUUCAUUAUCAUGAUAACAGAUCUGCUUGCUGU